AACAGCAACAAGUGGUUGUUCGAACAACAUUUACUGAAUGACCGUUGCAAUGCAAAUGCAAAGUACUCGCUCAAUGUGGUUGAUAUUGGUUGUGCUGUUCGUUAACGUUGGGGCAACAUUUACAAGUGAAACGACUUAUCAGAGCGCCGUAAAGUUUAAAUAUUUCAAUGAAAGGAACGAGAGUAACAUUUUCCAACCAAAUACACAAUGCAAUUCCGGCGAAAACACCAAGUUAGCUGUGAUCGUUCAUGGUUGGAUGGAGAGCUGUGAAACGGUUUGGGUGAAAACGUUGAUGCAUAAUUUAAAUACUUACCGACACGGCUGCAUCGUUUGCAUGGACUAUUCAAUUUUCUCGAUGAAUUCAAACUAUUAUGCGUUGGUUCGAGAUUUUAAUGGGAUUGCUAAUGUGCUGACGAAAAAACUGAAAGAUUUUCAGGCAUUGUCUUUUGUUCCGAAUAAUAUCUACAUGUUUGGAUUCAGUUUCGGGGCACAAUUGGUGUUGGAAGCGGGUAGGAGAUUCGGAAAAAAGUUAAUCAAGCAAAUUGACGUUUGUGAUCCGGCUGGACCUGGCUUUGACAAUAACAUCUUGCAUUCCCGCAAUUCUCCUAGAAACUCUGCACAGAAUGUUCAAUGUAUUCAUACGAGUGCCAAUAAAGGAACGAGAAAACGAGACUGUCAUCAAAACUGGAAUAUGGGCAAUUGUGGCAAUACACAGGCUGCAGCUGGUCCUAGGCCUCUGGGAUCUCACGGACUGUGUCCCUAUUUCUACACUACUGCAUUUCAGCAUCGGUUCCUUGCCAUUCCAAAACCGUCGAAUUGUCGAUCGAACAGAAUAGCGCCGGGUAAUAUCAUUGGAAACUUUAGCAUGGGAUAUAUGGAUGCUCUGAAAUAUGAGGGAAGAUUCACAGAAGGACACGACUUUUUUGCAAACACUUUUAAGACACCUCCAUACAACAUAGAGUCGGAUGGCAGUAAUAUUAUUGAAUCAGAAGACGAAAAUUUGGAUUAUUAUUGACCUAGUGUCGAUUUAAGGUUUUGGUUUCAAUUUUACGACAAUAAAAAUAUGAAGCCGCUCAGA